AAUAAAAUGGUUUCAGAGCUGCCAUCGUCUUCCUCCCUUCAAAACCCUAAACAAUACGGAGUAGUAAUUUAGCCUGUAAACUAAACGCUAUCUGAAUGAAAGUUAUUGGCAGAAAUCGUGAAUGAUUUGUUAAAUUGGUAGAAGUUAUUGCAAUCUCGAACCAAAAUUUAAUACUAGCUGCUGAUAACUGGGCGCCGAGCUCAAACCUUGUGCUUCGCCAGAGACAGCCGCCCUGCUCCGCCGCCAAAACCGUCGAGAACUCAAUUUAACGUCGAAGCAAUGUCUCGUAUAUGCGUGAAGAAUUUACCAAAAUAUGUUGCGGAAGACCGCCUCCGAGAAUUCUUCUCCCAGAAAGGCGAAGUUACUGACGCUAAGCUCUUGCGAACCCCAGAUGGGAAGAGCAGACAGUUUGCUUUUGUGGGAUUUAGGACGGAACAAGAAGCCAAUGAAGCAAUCAAGUACUUCAAUAGGUCUUUUUUGGAUAGUUUUCGAAUUACUUGUGAGAUUGCCAGGAAAAUUGGUGAUCCAGAAACCCCACGUCCAUGGAGUCGCCACUCAUUGAAAAAACAAGAGAAGUUAGGUAAGGAGGAUGAUAAAGUAACUUCUUCCAAAAAUUCAAAGAUUAAGGAGUCAAAAGUGGACAAAAAACAUAGUGUAGAGGAAAAUGAAAACGACGACCCUCUGCUUCAAGAGUUCCUCCAGGUCAUGCAGCCUCGAAGUAAAUCUAAGAUGUGGGCGAACGACACAAUUGGGGCUCCCUCUCUUGAGGAAAGUAAAAAGGAAACAGAAAAGAAAUUUCAAAGGGAAAAGGAAAGUAAAACCAAAAUGAAUAGCGACAACAUUGAACCAGAUGAAGAUGAUGAUAAAGAAAAUGAAUCAUUGGAGAGUCACAAAGGUGAAAAACCAAAGAGUUUUAUCCACGAUGAUGUUGUGACAGAUAUGGAUUAUUUCAAAAGAAGAGUAAAGAAAGACUGGUCAGAUUCAGAAAGUAGUAAUGAAGAUGGUGAUGAUGAUAGUGAUGCUGAUGAUGGCAGUGAUGAAAGUGAUGAAAACAGCAAUGAGGAUGAUGAGAACUCAUUGAGAAAGAGCAAUGAUGGUUUAGAUGCUCUUAAGCGUGAUGAUAACAAAAAGGAAGUCGGGGAUAGACAGUCUAGAGAAUCUAGUGAUGAAAUGCUUGAAUCAGGUGAUCCUUCAUCUAAUGAAGAUGAAAAAGAAGUUCUUGAAAGUGGACGCUUAUUUAUCCGCAAUCUGCCUUAUACUACUACGGAAGAGGAGCUGGGAGAGCAUUUCAGCAAAUAUGGGAAUGUCUCACAAGUUCAUAUUGUUGUCGAUAAAGAAACAAAGCGGUCUAAGGGGUUUGCAUAUGUUCUUUACUCACUCCCAGAAUCUGCAGCUAGGGCAUUAGAAGAGCUGGAUAGUACAAUAUUUCAAGGUAGAUUAUUGCAUGUUAUGCCAGCAAAGCAAAAAUUUUCUUCUGAGAACCAAGAGGUCAAUGGGUCUGGUAAACUGUCAUCACAAACAUUCAAACAGCAGAGAGUGGAGGAGAGGAAGGCAUCUGAAGCGAGCGGAAAUACACAAGCGUGGAACACUUUGUUCAUGCGUCCAGAUACAGUUGUAGAAAAUAUUGCAAGGAGACUUGGUGUAAGUAAAAGUGAUCUUUUAGAUAAAGAAGCUUCUGAUCUUGCUGUACGUAUAGCAUGGGGAGAAACAAAAGUCAUUGCUGAGACAAAACAAUGUUUUGCAAAAGCGGGAAUAAAUAUUGCCUCUCUAGAGGAACUUGCUGCUGGUAAAACUGACAGUGUCAAAAGAAGCAAUCAUGUUAUACUAGUAAAGAACUUGCCUUACAGUUCAUCAGAAACUGAACUUGCAAAUAUGUUUGGGAAAUUUGGAAGCCUGGAUAAAGUAGUUCUUCCUCCAACUAAGACUUUGGCAUUGGUGGUCUUCCUGGAACCAGCAGAAGCACGGGCAGCUUUCCGGGGUUUAUCAUACAAACGUUACAAGGAUGCUCCACUAUAUUUGGAAUGGGCUCCUGGAAAUAUUCUUGAUCAAACAGAUGAUUCAAAAAAUUCUGUCAUUGUUGGUGAGCAAGAUGUCAAGAAAGUUUUACUAGAACAGCAAGUGGAAGGUAGAAUAGAUGAUGUUGAUCCUGACAGAGUGGAGUCAAGAUCACUCUAUGUCAAGAACUUGAACUUCAAAACAGCUGAUGAGAGCUUGAAAAAGCACUUCAGUGAAAACAUGAAGGGUGGACGGAUACUUAGUGUCAGGGUGAAAAAGCACACAAAAAAUGGAAAGACUGUUUCAAUGGGUUUUGGAUUUAUUGAGUUUGAUUCUGUGGAUACUGCAGUAAAUGUUUGCAAGGAUUUACAGGGGACUGUUUUAGAUGGCCAUGCACUCAUUUUGCAACUUUGUCAUGCUAAGAAGGAUGAACAAGUACUAAAAAAAGUUGACAAGGACAAGAGUUCAACAAAAUUGCUUGUGAGAAAUGUUGCAUUCGAGGCAACAGAGAAAGAUCUCAGGCAAUUAUUCAAUCCUUUUGGCCAGAUUAAGAGUUUGAGGCUGCCGAUGAGGUUUGGGAGCCAUCGAGGUUUUGCAUUCGUGGAGUUCGUUACAAAGCAAGAAGCACAGAACGCCUUCGAAGCUCUUUCUAGUACUCACUUAUACGGUCGCCAUCUGGUUCUGGAAAGAGCAAAAGAAGGCGAGAGCUUGGAGGAACUACGAGCUCGAACAGCUGCCCAAUUUGCCGGCGAGGAGAAUGGGUUCCAAACGUCCGCCAAAUUAUCAAAGAAAAGGAAACACAUGGCUGUAUUGGAUGAACGGACCGUUAAAUUUGAAAGAAUUGCAGAUUAGUAGUUCUAUACUUGUAUUAACAUGGUAUUGUGGAAGGAUAAAACCUGAGCGGAAUUGGUUACCCAGGUUACUGGUAUCAAUUUUUGCGAGUGGAACACAACUUGUAUCAAAAAUUUUGUAUUAUCUAAAAAGGCAAGAUUUUCUUUUAUUUCAUUCCUGGUAAA